CUCUAACACUCAAGCAGGAAAUCAUGUCAAUAAGCGGCAAUUAGUUAUUUAGGAAGUGAUAUUGGUGUGGGAAGACAGUGCUUAAAUUGACCAUCCAGGCCAUCUAUUAACUUACUACUUAUUUUAACAAAAAAGUAGUAGUUUUGAACGAAAAAAGACUCUCUUUUCAAAGCAACAGGUGAACCCUCACUUUGAUGUAAGCACAAUAAUCCAAAUGGUACCAAAAAUUAUUGACAAAGUUGAAAGAAAAAUGCUGACACUAUGUGCGAUGCUUGUUCCCAGCCAAUCAAGGCAAUUACCAAAACUAUAAAUAUAUAUAAUUUCCUGUACCACAGUAUCUGCCCUAUUUUGAAUGGGCUUGUGUUCAAGUUGUUAAAACCUUCUUUAAAGGUCUGACUAAUGUAGACAGAAUUUAUCUUAAAGAUAACUUAAAAAGGUUUUAAACAGGUUAACAUAUCCCAGUCAGACCAGGAAGGAAUUUCUGGAAUUUAUGACAAAAGUUGGCUGAGCAGAGAUAUAUAUAAAUUUUGUCCAUCUCACACUACAGUGGAUCUGGCAGUGUUUCCAGUAUUUUGAUGGACGUUUUGUGGAUUGUGUUGUAUUGGUCUAUGUAUGACUUUAGUCUACUUGAUUUUUUCAGGCAAAUUGAGAAGCUUCGUCAGUGCGAGCUUAUUACAGAAAAAGAAGUAAAGCAAUUAUGUGCCAAAGCCAGGGAAAUUUUAGUUGAAGAAAGUAAUGUCCAGAGUGUCGAUUCCCCAGUCACUGUUUGUGGUGACAUCCAUGGACAAUUCUAUGAUCUCAAAGAACUUUUCAAGGUUGGAGGCGAUGUACCUGAUACUAACUAUCUUUUCAUGGGAGACUUUGUAGACAGAGGAUUUUACAGUGUAGAGACGUUUUUAUUAUUGUUAGCACUUAAGGUGCGAUAUCCUGAUAGAAUAACCCUUAUACGAGGAAACCAUGAAAGUAGACAAAUAACACAGGUGUAUGGAUUUUAUGAUGAAUGUCUGAAAAAGUAUGGAUCAAUAACUGUGUGGAGAUACUGUACAGAAAUAUUCGAUUAUUUAAGUUUAUCAGCUAUUAUUGAUAAAAAGAUAUUUUGUGUUCAUGGUGGUCUUUCUCCAUCAAUAAGCACAUUAGAUCAAAUACGAUCCAUUGACAGAAAACAAGAAGUUCCCCAUGAUGGUCCAAUGUGUGAUCUGCUUUGGUCAGACCCUGAAGAUAUUCAUGGGUGGGGUGUUAGCCCUAGAGGUGCUGGAUACCUGUUUGGAAGUGAUGUAGUUGCACAAUUUACAGUUAAUAAUGACAUUGAUUUGAUAUGUCGAGCUCAUCAGCUUGUGAUGGAAGGAUAUAAAUGGCAUUUCAACGAGACAGUGCUCACUGUCUGGUCUGCCCCCAACUACUGUUACAGGUGUGGUAAUGUGGCUGCAAUACUAGAACUUGAUGAGCAUCUUAAAAGAGAAUUCACGAUAUUUGAAGCAGCUCCUCAAGAUGUAAGAGGAACUCCAACUAUUACCAAGAAACCGCCAGCUGAUUAUUUCCUGUAAUGGAUGACAAUUUUGUACAUACACAUUUCUUAAGGGUUUUGUAAACUUAUUCUCCUUGUAAUAUUUUGUGAAUUUGGAAAUACUGUAUUAUACAUUGUAUAACUGCCAUCAAAACCAAUUGAGAAAACAUUACAUGGUUAUAUCAAUAAACUAAGACCAAAAUGGAGUAGGUGAAGACAAAUAAUAAUAAUAAAAUAUAAAAGUACAGUAAUUAUUUGUCGUAAGGCAGACAAUGUGCCUUAAUCAAAACUAUAUUCCUUCCCACUUUGGUCUUAACUUCAAUGAUAUAGCUGUUUUGAAGUGGGUAAGGUUUUUCAAUUUGGUGUAUAAUAUAUUACCUGGUGAUUAGCUUCAAAACAUGUUAAGUUAGUGCUUAAGGACCAUAAUCAACCCUGAUCCCCUUGAUCUCUUGUGUACUUCUGUUUUUGACUGUUAAAUUGAUUUAUAAAAACAAAUUUAUCCUUGAUGACAUGUAUCAAAGUGUGUUUGAUAUCCUAAAACCAAAAUGAUAUGAGAAUCAAUCUCUUCUAACGAUUUUCUGUUGUAACAUGAUCACAAGAAUAGUGCAUGUUGGUUGAGUAUGGCCCUUAAAAAGUUUUAUUUUAACUAUGAUGUACUUAGCAUAUUGAUGAAUAGAAUAUGAGAAUUGAACAAUUUAAUUUAAUGACAUUGUGUUUAGAAAUUUUUACUAAUGUAUUUCCUGAUAAAGUAUUAUAGUGCAUCUUGCUGGAAAAUUGUCUUUCGUUGUUAAUCUACCAUUAUAAUGUUCAGUGCACUCUUAGAGCCUAAGCCUAAUUAGUUUGAAAAAUUCAUUUUGCAUUUUUAUAAAAUGAAUAUAGUAAAUUUACUUGUUGUGCUUGUG